AUGGAUAAAGAAAGAGAAGAAACUUAUAAUUAAGGAAUAAAGGGCAUGGAGGAUAAAUUAGAAUUUUCAUCAUUUUUACGUGUAUAAUAGACUCCAAUUAUUAAUCUAGAGAUUAAGCAAAUGUUGAACAAAGGUUAGAUAUUUUACAAUAGUGCAUAAAAAGCUUUCCUCUUUAGAGAAAAAGAAAAUGUUUUUUAUGUACAAGAGGCUUAAAUAAAUUAAGUUAGAUAAUCUUAUCAAUUUAGAAUUCCUUACGAUAAAAAGAUAUUCGCAAUGAGUUUUCAUAAAUCGAUGAACUAUAUUGCCUAUCAAAUAGCUGAUAAUACUCUAGUUAUUGUGAAUAUAGCAGAUGGUAGAAAAGAGUAGAGAAUUAAAUUUGAUUCAACCUAAAAUAUUCUUCUGUUUUCAUGGGUUUACUAGAAUCCAAAUGAAAAAAACAUUGAUUUUAUACUCUGUGAUAAAUCUGGAGUUAGGCUAUAUAAAAUUGAUGAAAAAGGAAUUUUAAAAGAAGAAAAGUAUUAUGAAUUUUAGUGUACUGCUGCUUGGUAUGAACCUACCAGUUAAGUACUGAUUACUUCAAGCUUAAAAGAGUUUGGAAAAUUGCAUACUUUUUUCUUUGGAGAAAAGAAAUCAUAAAGAAAAUACAGAGGACCCGAAUUUUAUUUAGAAGACAAUAAAAAAGAGAAAAAAAGCAUAGAUGUGUUUUUGACAUUAUUAUAAGCAAUCAAUCAAAUGGAAUAAUCAGAUAAUGCUAAUAGUUAGAGUUCUACAUAAAUUUCAUAAGCAAUGGAUACUCUUUUGACUAAAUCUUAUAAGACUUAAUACUAUUUUGAUGAAUUUAGUUGUUAAAUUUAUUUAUUAAAUAUGUAUUCUAAAACAUACUUGGUAUUCGUCAACUAAAUGGAUGGUAAAAUUGUGAUUUAUCACCUCCUUUAUGAAAAGAUUCUUUGUCUUGACUGGAAAAUCUCUAUCCCUUCAGAUUCCUUCAUAUCCAUUUGUGUUGUCGAAGAUCUUUUGCUAGUAAAUUCACAUUAAAAUUCUAUAUCUAUGGCUUAUGAUAUCAAAAGAUAAGUCCCAACUAGUCCUUUAGGACCACCUUAGCCUAUUUUUAUCAAACCCUUCGCUAAAUAAAUAUAUGACAAGUAGAUCAUAUGUUUGUAAGAUGAGUGGAUGAUUGAUAUCGAAGAAGUUGAAGUUUAUAAAUUUAAAGUUAAACUUGAAGUAAUAUAAAAUUUAAUAGAAGGAGAUGUUGAGUGUUUUAAUAUUUUAUUAAGAAGAGGCAACCCCAAGUAAAUAGCAAUAGAUUUUAUAAAAAAAAGAAUUAAAGAAUAGAAAGAGAUAAAUAUUAUUUCAAUUUACUUUAAGCAUAUCUUUGAAAUUUAUAAAGAAGCAUAUAAGAAUACAAACGAAAUAGAUAUUGAAAGCAAAAAUUGCAUUAAAGCUACCAUAAAUGAAGUUAAUAAAACAAAAAUCAAGUAAGGCUACACUAUUAUACUUCCAUCAGAACUUCACAAGGAUCUGCUAGUCCCCAUAGUCUAGGAUUAAAGUAUACCUAGAUAAUAUAUUAUUUAUAUCCUUUCAGAGUACUUGAGAUUGGCCUACAAUAAUGAAGUAAAAUUCCUAAAUAAAACUUAGGAUCUCUUAAUAGAUGUUGUUUUUAAGUAAUAAAACUACAACACAUUACACUUCUUAAUAUAAUAUAAAAUUUUAUCAGAUUCUACUGAUUUAGCUAAAAAACUUAUUGAUAUGAGUUGUCCUAAAAGAAUAAAAAAUUUAGGUCUGCCUUAAAAGGAUUUAUUAUACAAACCAGGAUUUUAACUAGGAAUAGAUAUGCUUUUUAGGCUAAAAAAUUACUAUGAAAUUAUUGAUGUCUUUUUUUAAUUUGGAAUGACUUUAGAAGCUCUAGAUUUGAUUUAAAGAUACCACAUUUAUAAUAUUAAACCAAAGGAUAUAGCAAUGAAAGCAUUUUAAUAUGAAGGCAACUGCACAUAUAAAGAAAUUUACAAAUUUUAUGAAUACCUUUUAUCAAGUUCUCAGUAUUAAAAUUACUUGUAAGCCUCAAGUAGCCAAACGAAUUUUAAAAAUAAGAUCCCCUUUUCAUUAAAGACAUUAAAUUAGGAAUUUAAAAACGCUAAGGAAAAGCUUCAUUUAGCUAAGUUUAAUUCAGAGUAAAUAAAAACUAAGUUUUCUAACUCAAUAGAUAUUUUAAAUUCUCCACUCAAGGAGCAAAGUAAUAGAAGAAUAUAAUCAUCAUAAUCACCUAUGAAAGGAGAAGAAUUCACUAUUAAAAAUGAAUCUGCUGAUACCAAUUUUAUAAUGAAAUCCCUCACUUUAAAAUGUGAAGAAUAAACUACUGAUAAUUUAUCAUCAAUCCAAUAAAGUGUCUCAUUGAAUAACCAAAUUAACAUUUUCUAAAGUUAAAAUAUUUCAGAAUUAGAUCAAAAAGAUAAUAUUUAGAGCUAAUUAUAAGAUCAAGAUAAUGAAUAAUAAUUAAAAGAAAAUACAAACUUUAUUUAAGAAGAAGAAGAUAAAUUAAUUGACCAAUAAAAAUCUGCUUCUUUAGUGGAUAAAGAAAAUGAAGAAGAUGUUAACUGA